CAACCGCAACAACCUCUCACCAAUCCAUCCGAUAACCACAAUAAUGGGCUGGCUAUGGAGUUCCGCGGCCACGCCAGCUGAUGCUGCAGCGCCGACUUCCCAAGCCACACCCAUCCUGACAAAACAAGCGCCUCCUCCCGCAACCACCCCCUCUCAAUCACUCACACCCGCCCAGCUCGCUGAGCAAGACCUACAAGCCGCACUGGCCGAGUUCGACGCCGAGAAUAAGGCCUCCGCGCCCAAAAAACCCAUAUUCAAACGCACCCCCCGGGCCCCCACGGAGGGUACUCUCGCCACAGCUCCACACAGCGAACUCAACGUCGAAGACUCGCUAUACCCAACGACAAUGUCAUGCCGUGACGCCUUCGACGCAGCAUUCUACUGCCAAUCUCUAGGUGGCCAAUUCAACGCCGUGUACCGGUACGGUGGGAUGCAGUCAUGCAGCGAUCACUGGAAGAGUUUCUGGUUCUGUAUGAGGUCGAAGAGCUAUGCGGGGCAGCGGGAGGAUAUGAUUAAGGAGCAUUAUCGGAAGAAGGCGUUGAAGUAUAAGGUUGGGCCGAGUAGUGAGGAUGUGUGGGAGGGGAGGGAGAAGAAGAUGGAGUGGGGGGAGGCGUUUUCGGAGGGGGUGGAGGAGUUGUUGCCGGGGGAGAGUGAUGAGGAGUGGAAUGUUAGGGAGAGGAAGAGGAGGGAGGGGAGGAAUGGGGGGACGGUAUAGGGGUGAUGGUGUGGGAUGUAUGAUAAGUGUUGAUGUGGUGUUGGGAGUGUAUAUUUUGGAAUGUCUUGAUGGCAUAACAUUGGAUGUCGUUGCUUUUGCAUGGGAAAUCACCACUGCCGAAUACAGACUAUGUAUAUGUCAUGUACGGUUUAUGUAUGUAUAUUGAAGCGUAUCUACUCACCUGGAAAUCAAGCGUUGUGUAUAAUG